AACAGAAGCGGAUCAGUCCGGAUCAGUAUUGACCUCUCAGCCUCCUGCGAUGAGGAGAGCCAUCAUGUGACCAGAGCUUCCAGGGAAGUGAUUCAUUUCCUUUGAUUUCACAUCAAGUGGAAAAUGACGUCUUUCAGCGGGUCAUCACAGCGGCGCUACUGCAGCAAUGUAAACUUUAAAUGUAUCUGUAAAAUAGCAACAGGGAGAUUUCUUAUAUUUAUAUGGAAAAAACAAUUCAAUUUAACCAUAAAACUUAAUUUAUUCACAAUAUUUUCAUGUAAUUUCAGCAAGAAAUCUGACAAGCCUUUUGUUUUUAACACUAACCUGUCUGGAAAGUGUUUUAUUAAUGAAGUUCAAACAAACAAACAAAACGUAAAAUGAAAAAUAACUCAGAAUCACACCUUUACCCCGUAUUUACAGUAUUCACAGGACAUAUCGAUGGACGGUGGGCUAAAAUAACAACGUGAAUGUAAAAAUGUGGAUGCAUAAAACCUGUGUCUGGUAUGGGAUGGGAGCUGUGUGUGUGUGUGUGUGUGUGUGUGUGUGUGUGUGUGUGUGUGUGUGUGUGUGUGUGUGUGUGUGUGGAGUUUGCAUGUUAUUCACAUGCGUGUGCUCAUCCGAUCUGCUACGUGCUGGACGGCAUCCUGUUCCUGUACGGCAUCAUCCUCACCGCGCUCUACUGCCGGAUCAAGAUCUACAACGCCAGAGAGGCCAAAGCUGCGAGCAAGAAGGCCGGGCAGAACGCAGAGGACGGCAUUUACACGGACCUGACUCCUCAUGCCAAGGACACGUACGAAACCAUCGGGAUGAAGAAGUGACUCUGAGGGAAAGUCCGCCUUCAAAUACCUUCUUCUUCUUCUUUUUUUUU